AUGUCUACCAAAGUAGCAGUUGUUACAGGAAGUAAUAAAGGUAUCGGAUUCGAGAUCGUUAAAGGAUUAUGUGAAAAGUUCCCGGGAUCCGUGUACCUAACUGCUAGGAAUGAAGAAAGAGGGCGGAAAGCGGUACAGCGGCUAGAGGAGAUGGGAUACAAGCCUUUAUUUCAUCUUUUGGAUGUUACUAGUGAAGCUAGCAUCCAAGAGUUUGCUAAUCACGUUGCAUCCCAUCAUACGGGAAUUGACGUUUGGGUUAACAAUGCCGGUAUUUUAGAUUUCGAUAAAUCUGUAUCAUCAUAUGAAGAUUCGAAAAAGCUUUUGGACACAAAUUUUUACAGUCUUCUUACGAUCACAAGAAUAGUCUACCCUCUUUUAACAAAUACUGCUAGAAUAGUAAAUUUAAGUAGUGAUUGGGGUUUGCUGUCCAAUAUCAACAAACAAGUGUGGCUUGACGUCUUAAACAAAGACGAUCUUACUGUCGAUGAGAUAUUGCAGUUUGUAGAUGAUUUUUUGGAAGCAGCUAAAAAUGGCAAAAAGUCAUUUAUUUCAUUUGCUGGUUAUUAUGGAGAUUAUAAAGUGUCUAAAGUAGCUUUGUCAGCAUUAACAUUUGUUCAACAAAAACAGUUUAUAGAACAGGGGAAAGACAUAUCAAUAAACUGUGUGCAUCCGGGCUUUGUGAAAAGUGACAUGACUAAGGGAAGGGGUAAUUUCACUCCAGAACGAGGUGCUCGAACACCUCUAUACUUGUUGCUUGAGGCUCCACAAUCACAGAAAGGUACUUUUGUGUGGCACGACGGUCACCAAGUGAACUGGGACGAUUGA